UGYAUCAAGAACAGCAUCAAGAAGUUUCCUUGGAUAAAAGGUCGUUAUAUUUACUGCUGUAACUCACGCUAUUUGUCCGAUUUUCGGUAGAGGUAUGUCUUUCGACAUUUUAAGGAAUGCUAUGAGCAAUCUAGGAGCGAAGAUCAAAAAUAUGGAGCUGGCGGCUACCGAUGGCGGCUAUAGUGGAAAAAAUAAGCCGAUUCUAACUACACAUGUACCAAAUAAUUUGCCAUCCCAUGGAGGUCCUUACAGGGCACCUAAAGUACCACAUAAAGCAGUCAGUGAUAAAGAAAACAAUGGUCCAUCUUCCUCAAGAGUUCCACAAAAACCCACGACAUCAGGAACCAGCGAGAAGAAAGAGAAAAAGGAGAAAAAAGGGAAAUCAUGGUGUUUAGAUGAUUUUGACAUUGGCAAACCACUUGGAAGAGGGAAAUUUGGAAAUGUUUAUUUAGCCAGAGAAAAGAAAAGUCAAUUUAUUGUUGCAUUGAAGGUGCUGUUCAAGUCACAACUUCAAAAAUCAAAUGUUGAGCAUCAAUUGAGAAGAGAGAUUGAAAUUCAGUCACAUCUAAAGCAUCCCAACAUUCUUCGUCUGUAUGGUUAUUUCUAUGAUUCUAGUAGAGUUUACUUAAUUCUGGAGUAUGCUCCAAAAGGAGAACUCUAUAAAGUGCUUACAGCGCACACUCGAUUCAACGAACAAGAAAGUGCAAAGUACAUUUAUCAACUGGCAGGAGCAUUACAAUACUGUCACAAAUUAAAAGUGAUUCACAGGGACAUUAAACCUGAAAAUUUGCUGCUUGAUAUGAAGGGAAAUAUCAAAAUAGCUGAUUUUGGUUGGUCUGUUCAUGCGCCAUCAUCUAAGCGUGCAACGAUGUGUGGUACACUGGACUAUCUACCACCAGARAUGGUGGAAGGAAGAAUGCAUGAUGAAAAGGUUGAUCUUUGGAGUUUAGGUAUUYUAUGUUAUGAGUUUCUUGUUGGAAAACCACCAUUUGAGGCAGCAGGACAUCAUGAAACUUACAAAAAUAUUUCAAAGGCUCAUGUGGGCUUUCCUUCAGACAUUGCAAUUUCAUCUGGWGCAAAGGAUCUCAUCUGUAGUUUGUUGCAACGUGAUCCCAGGAAUAGACUGAGUCUUGACAGAGUCCUGAUUCAUCCUUGGAUUUUASAAAAUGUACCAGCAGCACAAGCCAARUCAGUUCCAACAUCAUCAUCGACAACCACAUAAUAAUGUGCAAUGUAAUUCAACUUAAAUAUGUACAUAUAAUUAUAUUAACAAAAUUAGUUACAAAACUACAAGCACAAUGUUCACCAACAAAUCACUUCAUCACAGCAACCUAGAUAUUAUAUACAAUGAUUGGUGUUAAUAGACUUACAUAGGGUUUGUUCUUGAGUAAUUCUUGGUAUGUUUUCUUGAAUUCAGCUUGCUUUCUAUCAUAUUUGAUAACUAUUAUAAUUGUAAUGCUACUACUUUAGACUACUUUUGAGCAAUACAUCUGUUUUGAUUGAACUAACAUAGAAAAAGACACACAAAAAAGGGAAGAAGAUUUUGCAUAGUAAAAUCAUUGAUAUUUUGAAUGCUGGAGUGAAAGACGAACUUGCAAUUGCAUUCUGUUAGGGCAAUAGAAUUAAACGGAUUCAUUGACUUACAGGGUUCACUAGCAUUUUCAAGAAAUAACUGUGGAUAUGAAUUUGAUGUAAACGUUGUACAUACAUAGAUUAUGUUAUAGUUUAUCUUAAUGAGUAAUUUAGAUGUUUUGCAAGUUGUACUAAUCAUGGUUAUUGUAUGUAGUCUUCUAUACUGCAUUAUAACUCAGCGUUGUUAAGCAAUAGAUUUAUUUGUUACUUCAUUUUGAAAUAAAUGAAAUUUUGUAAAUAUGA